GGUGUGUGACGCGUUCACUACUCGGUAACGAGGCGGGCAGGUAACAGUAGCAGCAGCGAGUGAUACACCUGUACUGCAGCACCUGCCAGCAUGUCCGGGUUCGACAACAACCCCUUCGUCCACCCGGUGGAUGUGAACCCGUUCCAGGAUCCUUCAGUGACCCAGGUGACGAACACUAACACAGAGGGGUUAGAGGAGUUCAACCCGUUCUCAGCCAGGGCACUGGAUGAUCUCAGUGGAAGCACCAUACCCAUCACAGCUGCCUCUCAGCCUGCUGUUCUGCAGCCCACAGUGGAGCCCAGUCCUCGGGCGGCUGCAGCUGCUGCGCAGGCUGACCUCCUGAAGCAGCAGGCUGAGCUGGAGAGAAAAGCAGCCGAGCUGCAGCGAAAAGAGGAGGACCUACAGAGCAGAGACACAGCCAGGGGCAAAGAAAACAACUGGCCUCCGCUGCCCAAGUUCCUCCCAAUAAAACCAUGCUUCUACCAGGACUUUAACGAGGAAAUCCCUGUGGAAUUCCACAGAGUCUGCAAGAUGAUGUACUACCUCUGGAUGUAUCACUGUGUGACACUGUUUCUCAAUGUGCUGGCGUGUCUGGCAUGCUUCACUGUGAACGCUCAGAAAGGGAUAGACUUCGGCCUCUCCAUCCUCUGGUUUCUUCUCUUCAGCCCUGCAGCUUUUAUCUGCUGGUACAGACCCGUCUACAAGGCCUUCAAGUCGGACAGCUCUUUCAGCUUCUUCUUUUUCUUCUUCAUCUUCUCCUUCCAAGUGAUCGUCUACAUCAUUCAGAGUGUGGGAAUCCCCAGUUGGGGAAACAGUGGUUGGAUCUCCGCCAUCUCUGUGCUCAAUUUCAAUAUUGGGGUUGCUGUGUUCAUGCUGCUGGUGGCCAUGUUCUUCACAGUGAACGCAGUGCUGGCAGUCAUUUUACUGAAAAUGGUCCACUCUAAGUACAGGCGGACGGGCGCAAGCUUCCAGAAGGCCCAGGAGGAGUUCUCUCAGGGCGUCGUCACCAACAGAAACUUCCAGUCUGCUGCAGCCACUGCGGCCUCCUCCGCUGUUCAGGGAGCCUUUCGCUAACUCUGGUCAUAAGGAGGUCAACUUUCUGCCUUUAUAGUUCUUUCACACAUCAGGAUUUCUCUAAAACUGAGGAGCGUAAUUCAUUUGUAAAGACUGUCCAAUAGGAGUGCACCUUAGAUGUUGUUCUGUUGGACAGACAGGCUUCAACCUAUUAAAUCACAAUGGACCUCAUUUUAGCAUGUUUCUCUACAGUUAGUAAAAGAUCAAAAAAGCAUGUUGACUAUUAUCACUAUUAUCAUAUCUAUUACAGGAGCCAGUGGGCUGGUGCUAAAACUUACUGGAAAGAUACUGGUCUAGAUACAAUAAUUAGUAAUUAUUUGAGAAAUUCUGCUGUGUGAAAUACCUCACUGUCCUACACUAAUGCUCUAAAAUAACACGCCACUACCUUGUACUCUUU